AUCAGUAAACAAACAAUCAAAUAACGUCCAUGUUGUACCUUGAAACAAACUCCAACUUACCUUGAAUUAAAUACCUCCAAUUUGUUUAGAGGACCAGCACUUUAAAGUCAACUGAUAGUCCUCUUAGGAGCCUUAUAGAGGACGUAAAUGCAAAAUAAAUAUCUUCAUCAAUUGCUUUAAAUCAAAAACCAAUGAUCAUCAUUCCUUGUUUUGCCUGAGUGAUCCUCCUCCUUUUCAUCUCUUUUUUUUUUUUCAAAGCACAAUGGCAGAUAUUGUUCAGUCUGCCUUUCUGGAGGCAAUAUUUCAACACUUAUUGCCUGCAACAAUAAAAUUACUUUUGGAUGAACUUUGUCUGCCAGAUGAAGUCAAGAAAGAGCUCGAGAGCCUAACUACUGAUUUCUCCAUGUUGCAAGCUUAUCUCAGAGAUGCUGCUCAGAAGCAGCAAACUUAUGAAGUUGUGCGUUUAUGGCUUAGCAAGCUUCAGGACGUUGCCUAUGAUGCAAAUGACCUGUUAGAUGAGUGCGAAUUGGAGAGACAGAGACAAAAGGUGAUUCGACUUGCUUGGCUACGCAAUUCAUUAUCCGUAAUAAACCCCAAACGCAGUAUGUUUCUACAUGAUAUCUCUAGCAGAGUGAGAAACAUGAAGAUGAAAAUGGAAGAUAUCAAGAAGAAACGCCAUGAUUAUGGGCUACAACCAGAGCAAGAGAGGCUGCAUAUCACCAGCAAUCAGAGCUCCUCACUUGAGCCACCGCUUAUUCUUGGCAGGGAUGACGAUAAGAGAAGAAUACUAGAUUUGUUACUGAGGCCUAAUGUGGCUGGCGAAUCCAACACUAGUGUUCUUUCCAUUGUGGGUAUAGGAGGCCUUGGGAAGACAGCCCUUGCUCAGCAUGUCUACAAUGAUGACCAUGUGAAACAGAGCUUCAAACUGAGGUCUUGGGUUCAUGUCUCUCAAGAUUUUAAGGAAGAGAAGCUGACGAAAGACAUUUUGGAAUCCAUAGAUGGUCCCUCACAAACUUCUGCGAGUUUGAAUAGUCUUCAGAUAGACCUUCUCAACAAGCUUAGGGGGAGGAAGUACUUGAUUGUUUUAGAUGAAGUUUGGAUUGAAGAUUGGAGGAAAUGGUACAAGUUUAAAACACCCUUGCUACAAGGAGCUGUGGGGAGCAAAAUCCUAGUGACUGCCAGGAACAUUGAAGUUGCAAAGGCCAUGGGUGCAUCAACAAUUUAUCCUUUGAAGCCCAUAGGAGAACAAGACUGCUGGUCAUUGUUCUGCUACUAUAUGGCUCAACAAAAUCCAUGCAUUGAUGUUAAUGAUUUGGGAGGCUUUUCAGGAGUAAUUGCUCAGAGGUGCGACGGUUUACCAUCAGCUGCAGCUGAUUUGGCGUUCCGGCUUUGUCGGGAGCCAGAUAGGAGCAGAUGGAGUUCCAUACUCAAGACUGAGAAUUUGCAGAAUAGUAAUAGUUCGAGAGCUGAUUUGAGCUAUCAACUGUUGUCUUCCCGACUGAAACAAUGUUUUGCUUUCUGCUCGUUGUUUCCAGACGGUUUUGAGUUUGACAAAGAAGAACUGAUCAAUUUAUGGAUGGCGCAGAAUUUCAUUCGGUGUUCUGAUGAUCAGAGGAUGGAAGAUGUAGGAAGCGAAUAUUUUGAUUUUUUGGAGAGAAGGUCAUUGUUUCAGUACUCACGUUUUGAUCGAAAAAGCAACCGACCUAAAUACAUCAUUCAUUCUUCCAUACAUAAUUUUGUCCGAUAUGUAUCAAAGGGAGAAUGCAUCAACGCAAAACCUGGCCAGGGAAUUGGGAAAGCUCGACAUCUAUCGUUGACGUGCCAUGAAGCAGGUACAGAUAUUAGCAGAGACUUUUUAUCUGAUCAGUUGAAUUUGAGGGGCGUAUAUACACUUGUGGUCUUUGGUGACUCCCUUGCUGCGCUCCCUGAUGACUUCAUUAGGAAGCUAGAAAACCUGCGUGCUUUAGAUUUGAGCAACACUAUCCUCCAAAAAUUGCCCAAUUCAAUAAACUAUUUGAAGCACCUACGCUGCCUCCAACUUAGAGGCACAAAGAUUAGAAGAUUUCCUGAUGCAAUUGGGGAGCUAUAUUUCCUCCAAACUUUGGGACUCGGAAAUUGCUACAUGCUUGAAGAGCUACCGAAGGGCAUAAAGUAUCUUCAGAAGCUGCGACACAUCGACCUGCACUGGGAUGAUGACUCCAUGUUGAUGAUGGCUCAGGAAGACAUCUCGUGGUCUUUAAUGGGGAGGCACAGCUUGAAGUAUAUGCCACCAGAAAUCGGUUUACUGAUCGAACUGCAAACUUUAACAAGAUUUGUUGUAGAUGAAAAGAGUGGAUGUGGACUAGAAGAGCUGGAGAAUCUGAAUCAACUUCACGGGGAACUUCUUAUCUCAAAUCUGCACCUUGUUAAACAAACUGCAGAAGCUACAAAAGCAAAACUAAAAGCCAAAAAACUCCUUCAAUAUCUUGAGCUGCAUUGGGAUGCUAAUUGCAAGGAAACUCUAAACUCUUCACAAAUAUUUCAAAGAAGAGAUGAUGUUGAGCGUAUUCUUUGUGAGCUUCAACCUCAUAACGGACUCAGAGGUCUAAGGAUUGUUGGUUAUAUGGGAACAUCUUUUCCAACUUGGUUUGGGUCCUCUUAUUUAUGCAACCUGACAUUGUUGACACUUGUCAAUUGCAGAGAAAGUUUUUCUUUCCCGCCACUUGGAAACCUUCCAUUGCUGAUCGAACUCCAUAUUCAAGGAAUGGUUGCAGUUCGGUGUGUGAACUGUGAAUUCUGUGUUAGAGGCAAUGCAUCACCAUUUAGAGCAUUAAAAAAACUUCAUCUCGAAAGCAUGCCAAUUCUGACGCAAUGGUGUGGAGAUGAAGGAUGCACUCUCAAUGCUCUCAAUGAGUUGGUAAUUAAGAAUUGCUCCAUGUUAGAGAAAAUCACUCAUGAUAUGCCUUCUCUUGAAAAACUUGUGAUAGAAGAAACCCCUAAAUUGGUUUUGUUGCCUUAUCUUCAACAUCUUCGUUCAUUGGAAGUUACAAGGAGUGGAGAAUUGUUUUGGAAACUAUCGUCAUCUCUCACUUCUCUCCACUCUUUGAGUCUCAGAGGAUUGUCAACAAAAUAUUUUCCUGCAGAAUUUCAGUAUGGCUCACUACAACGUUUAGAGAUCGACUCUUGUAACGAGUUAGAGUGCUUUCCUGAUAAUUGGCUACCGACCAGCCUUGUAUAUUUCGGAGUCAAAAACUGCCCCAUGCUUCUUUUUCUUCCAAAUGAUAUUAAUAAACUCGAAGUUCUUGAAGAUAUGGAAAUACAGAGUUGCCCUCGGCUUUCAUCUCUGCCUGAGCAUGUUGGAUACCUGAAAUCGUUAGUACGAUUGGACAUUUCAAACUGUAAAAGUCUUCUAUCCUUGCCAAGUUCAUUGCCCAACACGCUUCAUAUUUUGACGAUAAGCAAGUGCCCCAAGCUCGAGGAGAGGUGCAAGCUGGGAGGUGAAGAUUGGCUAAAGAUCAGAGACAUCUUCUCUUUGUGGAUUGAUGGGAACAUGGUGACUUCUCCCCGUCCUCAAGACUUUACACGAUGAAAUGAUGAUUUAAAGACGAAGAUUGUGGAUUAUAGCACGGAACAUUCAUAAAUAAAUUGUGGACCAGUUCAGAGCUUCUCAGAUAUCUUCCAAUGCUUGCUCAUGCAUGUCAGAGAACUGGCUAUGAUGGAAAAAGGAUGUCUUCCUUUUACCUUAUUGUAUAAUUCAUGUAAUUAUGUGUUGUUGAAGUCUUUUGAGCAUUAAGAAAAUUUUAAUAUAAAUGUUGUCGUGAAAAUAUCUAAAUUUUCAAUCAUUAAGUUAGAUGGUUAGAUGGUAGAAAGUUGUAUUAAAUUUGCUAUGUAAUCAAGUAUAAGUAGACAUUGAGCAUUAUCAUCUUGUAUGAGCCAUUUUUAAGAAUAAAAUUCAAUAUAAGCUUAUGAGUUUA